CUAUCAGGGUUCCAAGAUACAUUAUCAACAAGGGACAUCCUGAUGCUUGUUGAUACAAGGUCAACCGGCCCGGUCAACUCGGGAAGGGUACCGGUUGAUAAGGGCAAAUGCAGCGGCAGGGUUGCAAAGUAGUAGUAGGUAUCUCAUCCGGGAAUCAUCAUUCGAAGGGCGCGAUCCACUCUGUUCUUCGAAUCGACUUUCCCGGAACUACCCCGCCACUUUUGUUUGGAGCUCUGGAGAUACCCACUCCUAUUUAUAUAAGUUUGACAGCGACCCAAGAUGACAGUGCUAGGAGGACAAAAUUCCCUAUCAGAAAUUGCAUUGUGAUUCUAUGAACUUGAGCGCCAUUGUUACCCGAGAACUCUCAGACAAGUCAUAGCUCCAAUUCCAACAUGCCAACCGUCAUUCUUGGAGGAGGUAUCAUUGGCUCCUCAAUUGCCUAUUACCUCUCUCAAAGUCAACCGCAAGAAGAAAUUCAUGUCAUUGAAUCGGCAUCCGAGCUGUUCUGCUCUGCCUCUGGCUAUGCUGCUGGCUUCUUAGCUAAGGAUUGGUUUGCGCCUUCUCUCGCGCCAUUGGGAGAGUUGUCAUUCAAUUUACACGAGUCCCUUGCUGCUGAGCACGGAGGACGGCAGAAAUGGGGUUAUAUGAAAGGUGUGGCGCUGAGCUUAGGCUCUGUGAGCAACAAAGGAGGUGCUCGUGGCGAUGAUUGGCUUCGUGCAGGUACCAGUCGCGCAGAGACGGCUGCAGGCACAAGCCAGUACGGGGAACCUCAGGUCCCAGAAUGGUUGACGCAGCAGCAGGGGGCGAAGGUAGAGCAAAUCAGUGACAAGGAUACGACUGGUCAAGUUGAUCCCUUGAGGUUGUGCAGGUUCCUCAUGGACAGCUGCACGUCACGGGGUGUCAAGCUUCACUAUCCAACAAAGGCUUCAUCACUUGUCAGGAAUGAGGCCGGUACCAUUACCGGCGUCAAAAUUGUGAACUUGAAUACGAAAUCCGAAUCUACCAUCCCCUGUACGAAUCUAGUUGUCUGCGCUGGACCGUGGACACCGCAGGUCUUCCGUGACCUGUUCCCGUUCUCCAAAGUUGCACUCCCUAUAUAUCCGCUCGCUGGGUAUUCUUUGGUACUUCACUCUCCAAGACAUACUCUGGAACACGAGCAGAAAAAGUAUCAUGGUGAGACCCAUGCUUUGUUCACGACAUGGCCACCAUCCUGCGGCUUUAGCCCGGAAUUAUUCUCUCGGGAAGGGAGAGAAAUCUACAUUGCGGGUUUGAAUACCAAGACAAUCCCACUUCCGGAACGAGCAGACGACUCCCAUAAGUCAGUGGACCAAAAGGAGAUGGAUAGACUGAAGGCAGCGUCUGUUCGCCUGCUUGGGAAGCUUGCCGAGGGCAAAACGGAAUCGAGUGACGAAACCCCGAACGUGAACGACCUGAAGAUAGUCCGUGAAGGCCUUUGUUUCCGUCCUGCUUCAGAUCGUGGCACACCUUUUGUGGGGAGAAUUGACGACAGCUUGUUGGGAGAGGGCAUCAAGACCACCACAGGAAGCAGGAAGGGUGGAGUAUUUGUCGCUUCGGGCCACGGUCCUUGGGGCAUCUCGCUUGCUCUUGGAACUGGAAAGGUUAUUGCCGAUCUGGUGGAAGGGGUCCAGCCUGCAGUAGAUAUCAGCGGGCUGGGUGUGAGCCGUCGAGGCUUGGAACGUAUAUAGUCGCCUUUGCAUCAUCAAACCGCUUAGAUCGGUUAACUUUUCUCAAUAGAAUAAUAACUUAGACUUUUCCCCUAACAUAUAGAC